AGCUCGGUGCCCAAAACCAAAGAAUUCUUACCGCGGUCGCAUCAACCUUUCCUUGAUUUCGCGCAUCGCCGGUCUUCAUCUUACCGUACAGUCAGAGCGGCGUCAUUGACGACACGAUGUCAUAUCGAGAUCGCUAUCCGCCUAAUGGCGGCGACUCCUACCGGUCGUCAUCGUAUCGCGACUACCACGACGAUGACUACCACGACGGCCGCUCGCAAUCCUCCCUCCCACCCCGCCCUUCCCGACCCACUGGUCCUCCUUCCUCCCUUCCACAGCGCCCUCCCGUAAAUCCAAGAAUAUUUGGUGAAAGCUAUCGUCCCCUUCCCCCAUUCCCUUCCCAGGGCGAUUAUCGCAGAUCAGAUCGGGGCUCUCGUGCUGCCAACCCACCCCCCCCUCCCCCUCCUAAUUAUGCACCGCCGCCUCUCCCCAGCGAUCUGCCGCCUCCAGCAACGCGUGACACGUACCGACCCCCUCAAGGCUCAUUCACUUUCCGCGCCGAUGCCCCACCUGGAAUACAGCAGUCAUAUACCGAUGGCUAUCGUGGACCUAAGCACCGCCGAAACCAGAUUGGCGGACCGAGGCAUCAUUGGCAGCAAGAAAAUGGCCAGAGAAGACCUCGGCACUCCUGGAUUCCCGCGGAGCGCGACCUGCUCAAAGCCUCCUACUCCACCGGGACCGAGCAAGAGCUUUUCAGUACAGAGGGUGGAGUUACGUACAGACCUAUCAUCGACCUAACUGACAGCGACGAAGCCGAAAUGGACAUUUCGGGUGACGAAGCAGAUGGCCCGGCCGAGCCGAGUAACAAGCGUGCUCGGUUAAGUAUAAGCCAGGCAGCGUCUGGCGACUCAGUUCCCAAGUGGUCCAACUCUGAUCCUUACAGCGCGCUUCCUGCAGAGGCUGGCGUGCAGACAAAGAAGAAGGAUGUCGUACAAAUGAUCCGUAAGGCUCGCGUCCCCGCCAAGGACAUCAAGCCUUCUCUUCCCACCUCGGCCGAGGACUUCAUCUCGUUCGAUCUGGACGAAAGCGACGACGAGGUCCAGGAAAUCCGGGAUGUCGAGUUCCGUAAGAAGUCCGAAGCCAGAAAUGACGACGACCUCAAUUCGCGCAACAGCCGGAAGCGUACAUACGGCGAGUACAACCAACUUCCUCAUGCAUCUCUUGAGAAGUCGGCCAGGGCUCCGGCUGGUGGCCUCAUCCUGUCUAAAUGGCGCGAGAAGGAGGGAGAAAACCCUUACCCGUGGCAGGUGGACGACCAUUCCACCACCCCAAAAAUGGGCGUCUGGCUUCAUAAAGACAUUGUUGACUUCUACGAGUUUGUCAAGCCUCGUGAGUUCGAGGGGAAGCUUCGCGAAGCACUUAUCCAGGACCUCAAGCAGUUUUCCCGCGCGGUCUUUCGUAAAGAUGCCGAAUUCUAUCCUUUCGGAUCGUAUCCCUCGGGCCUUUACCUGCCCACUGCAGACAUGGACUUGGUUUUCAUGUCUGACUCUUUCAGGAAUUCCGGGGUCGCGAAAUACGACAAGAAAUCGGUUCUGUUUUCGCUCCAACAGAUGCUGGUUAAGAACGGCAAGGCAUACGAAGGCAAUGUCGAAGUCAUCUCGCACGCCAAGGUGCCAAUUGUCAAGUACGUUGACCAGACGACGGGCCUCAAGGUUGAUAUCUCGUUUGAGAACUCGACGGGUAUUACUGCGCUUGAGACGUUCAAAGGCUGGAAGAACCAAUAUCCCGCCAUGCCGGCCUUGGUCACGCUUAUUAAGCACUUUCUUGCCAUGCGAGGUCUCAACGAGCCUGUCAAUGGAGGCAUAGGGGGCUUUUCAGUCACCUGCCUGGUAGUCAGUAUGCUGCAAAUGAUGCCGCAAGUCCAGUCUCGAAACAUGGAUCCGAGACACCACCUAGGAGAACUCCUCCUGGAGUUCUUGGAUCUAUAUGGAAACAAUUUCGACUACACUAACCUAGCCAUAUGUCUCGACCCCCCCAAAUAUAUACCUAAGCAUAAGGUUAGCUCGGUUAACUAUGUUAACUACGACCGGCUCUCUAUCAUUGAUCCAAACAACCCGGCAAAUGACAUCUCCGGGGGCUCCCGCAACUUCUACGAGAUUGCGGCCCAAUUCUCGAGGGCCCACUCACUGCUUAUAGACCGCAUGGAACAGCUGGACGGCAUGUCAGCGGAAGAGCGACAGGGCCAGACGAUCCUGGGUGUCAUCUUGGGCGGAAACUACUCAACUUUCCGAUGGCAGCGAGCCCACUUGGAAAGGCUGUCAGCACAGAGGGAUCCGUUUCAAUACCGGUUCCCAGCUGAACAGGAUGCGCCGUCGGCCUCGGCGUCCUCGAAGUCUAAGCGACGACCACGCCCGCCAAAGCAACGCUAAACUUCUCAAGUGGCGAUAUUCGAAUAUCUGGGAAUGAGACUGCUAGAAUAGCGCCUCGGUGCUAAUAGUUUUGGCUGCCUCUGUUACGUUUACGACAUGUAUGAACACU